UCUGCGCUAAGUUUGCCUGUGUUAAUAAAAUAAAAGUUGUUGCAUUAAUGAUCAGUUGUGUUUGCUAUUAUUUCAUUUGUGUAAAUAUUUUUUAGAAAGUUUAUUAUUUCUUCAAAUGAAACUGUUACGACAAUUACUUAAGAAGGCAGAUAAUGUGCAGAACAUAAGCAUUUAAUCAGCCCUGCUACUUGUCAAAAAUGAAUGUAGACGACGAAGAUGUGAUUGAACCUCUUAAAGAAAGAGUUUUAAAAACAUCUUAUCCAAAUAUGAGUAAUGAUUUCAUUAAGGCAAACAGGAAUCGCGAGAUUGGUCAAGUCAAAGGUUGUAACAUAAAAGCUAGCAUUGAGGCUUUUGCUGAAGAUGAACUUGUUCGAAAAGAGUAUAAAGAAUUAAAAUGUGAAGUUCCUGGAACUCCACGUUCAACUUUCCUGAUGGUUUUUAGUCCAGAUGGAUCAAAAGUUGCUUCCACUCAUGGAGAUCACAAUAUUUAUGUGACAGACCUAAGAACUGGUAAAAAUAUUAAAACAUUAAUUGGACAUCCGAGGACUCCUUGGUGUAUAGCAUUUCAUCCAACAUCCAAUGAUUUGGUUGCAUCAGGUUGCUUAGCAGGACAAGUUAGAAUAUGGGACUUAAGUGGUGGCAGUGAAGUUUGGAUUUCAAAAAAAGGUAGUGUUAUUUCAUCAAUUGCCUUCCACCCUAUUGAUAGGUUGGUAGUAAUUGCAACAUUUCAUGAACUUUUUUUCUGGGACUGGAGUAAACCUGAGCCAUUCCUUCAAACUUCUACUGCAAAUGUUAAGGAAAAAGUACGCUAUGUUGCAUUUGACAAAUUGGGCCAUAAAUUGAUAACUGGAAUAGCAAAUAAUCCUCAAAGUCGUUGGGAAAGAAAUAGAGUCUCGGAAUCAUCAGGAAGUCCCUAUCGCAGAAGGUUUCCUAGAGUGGGUAUUCCCUUUCUUCCUCAACCUACCUCUUCAACUAAUUCUAAUACUACUGAAAGAGCAUUCACAUCUACUGUACCAGAAAGGGAGAGGAGAAUUACUGCUUGUUAUAGAAAUUUGGUGCAUGAAUAUGAGCUUCUGGUACAAAGGUACCUUCAAAUCUAUCGGCCUCCGACGACCAUGGACCGCGGUACAGAUCCUAUGGAUAUGGAUCAGCAACAACCUUCUACAUCAACAUCAUCUGGACUUUCUACUUCAUUAGCAAACGAUUACCAAGAGCCCGGUCCGUCCUCAGCUACUUCUUCGGGACCACCACCACCACCACCGCCACCACCAACUGCUGUAGUAACAACAACAUCAUCAUCUUCUUCAUCAUCAUCAUCGUCUUCAGAAAGCUCGGGGAUACCUGCGAAAUACCGCGUUCAAGAGCAUGCACAGAGGGGUACACAAACAAUUACUCCAACAAGAGUUAAAUUGAGUCCUAAACGUAGAUGGACUGAGCAGGGCACAGAACUUCAUACGGGCGAAACCAGAAAGAGAAAACUACCAGUCAGUAGUAGUAGUACUCAAUCUGCGCCUACAUCGCCGGACGUUUCUCCUGAAAACAGAGAAUUAGCAACUGUUACGUGUACUGAAACGACGCAUGAUGGUGCAGGACACGUUUCUCCAACAAACGAGCCAAACACAAGUAACGACAAUAGUUCAGCAUUUGUAUCUUCUCCUGGUGCUUUUAGAAGAUGUUUGAUUCUUCAUACUUCAGUUCCGCUAUCCAUUUCGUCCUCAGCAACCCGAUCGACUGAAACUCCUGACACUUCACGUUGUAAUGUAUACCGAAUGAGAAUCAAAUGCUCACCCAAACAAAAACCAAACGAUACAGCUCGAGAUAAUUUAGUAAACUUAAGAGAGAAAAUCGCUGAAAUACAACGAAGCCUGGCAGAGACAGAUGAAAGGACAGAGCCUCAACCAAGCACUUCCUCUGUAGAAACAGCCAGUAGUUUGAAAAAACAAGAUGGUGGAACGCAGAGAAAGUCAACGUCUCAAUUGAAAAGAAUAUAUCCCGGUUUUCUGAAGAAAUCGAAUCGCAGGCCGGUGUUAGAUACAUCAUCAGAUAGUAGUUCCGAAGAUGAAGAGCGUAGAAAGAAGAGAUUGUAUUCACACAGAAAUUUUUCUCAUAUGACCAGCUCAUCUACAAACCAAUCUACGUCUUCAGCUUCUGUUAAUGUCGAAACUAGCACGAGUAACAGUAAUAACGCAAGCUCUCUGCUUCCACCGACCACAAGUACUCCAUCGAGCAACUCGCAGUCUUUCAGGCCUUUGUCGUUUAAUCUUCUCCUUAAACCAUACUGUAGCAAUGCAGCCGGAAAUGUAAACAGUAGUUCUGGUUCGACCGCCCCUUCUAAUGCUUCUGUUGUCACGACAACUACUGCGAACGUAGAACCUAACGAAUCGUGUGCUCGUACAACUGAAAUCAGUCCAAGAUCCGACACGGAACCGUGUGCACGCACUCUUAUGAAUACUGACACUCGAACGACUAAUUCAACCGUUUACACCCCCAGCGGUAUUAGGCGAAGGUUUUUCUCGCAACGUUUCUCUGCAUUUUAUCCUACUCGUGUUUAUAACGUUCGUUCACAAUCCCGACUUAGACGGUCUAGUAGCUUUCAAUCGGCUUCGCCGACUCUCAGACGUAUAGUCGACGAAUUUGAGACCUUUGAUGCAGAUAACAAUGGUCUUCCAGUAAAUCUUGCUCCUGACGAGGUAGUAAAUUAUUCCGAACGAGCCAAUUCUGAGGACGAUCCCACUGAACAUUUAGCAGCUCCUCCCGAGUUUCACCCGUUUGAUCCACCUCCUGAUGUGCCUUCGAUCAAUCCGGAAAAUAUCGGAAUUGGAAACAUGUAUUCGAACAUCGUCCAGGAUUUAGAAGUGAGUCUGAGGAAUGUACGAAAUAUAAGAGCGAGUGCGCGUCCAGGUGAAACAUCAGACAUGCUAAGCAGUUUCUCAGAGAGACUUGAGAGCAUUAUGCAUCAGUCAAACUCGAUUUUGAGAAACUUGAGAAAUACCAUGGACAUGCUACCACCAAAUACAAGAAAUGCUGACAUUUCUACAAGUCAUUCUGUGAGAACAUCAACCGACAGACCUCAAUUUACUUUUAACGAUCCCACCUUUUAUGUUCGAGAUAAUAGCGAUAACGGGCCUUUAGGUGGGAAUGAUACUUCGAAUUUUAGUCGCAGUUCAGUUACCACAGAUCAUACUUACCCCAGAAAUCCAAUAGAAAAUAACUAUUUGAGAAGUCCAACUGAACAUAUUUACCCACAAGGUAGAGAUUAUUCCAGUUUAUCGCCUUCUGGACCAGAAAACAUGACCCCUUUAAUGACGUCAUUACAUUUAACAAUCUCCCAUAUUCAGCGUCAGGCGGGACUUUUAAGGCGGCAGGUUGAAAGUAUCGAACGUAUCGAUAGAGCUAUGCUAGAGGUCGCACAAUUGCAAAUGAUUCGGCAGAUGUUUGAAGAAUUGCGGAGACACGUAAACACAGUAGGAAAUGCAGAAAGUCGUAGUGGCGUCUCAAGCGUUCGACAAAUGAUGGCCGGCACACGAAUUAGCGAUUCAAGCCCCUAUGAUUCGCCAAAUGAAACGAACACUGAUAGCGGAUCACGAAGGCAAAACAGCACUAGUAAUCAGAGCACGUCAGAAAUUGGAACAGAGCAGAAUCGUACACCAAGUGCUUCCAUUCAAGGUUCUCGUUCUAAUGCUAGAAAAUCUUAUCUGCCCUCUCGUCUUCAACAUUUGCAAAGGCAAAAUAGACGUUUUUCAGUGGUAAAUUUCUUUCCUCCGCGCCGAAUUCACAGCAGAGAUAGGCUAAUGAGACGAUGGGAUUCGUACAGGUCCUUUUCAGCGAGACCUUCGGCGUCUAGGGUCGAGUCCGCAACAGCCCGAUUGGCCGACAGUCAAAGUUCUUCAGUUCAUCUUAACGCUGAAACACUAAACAUAAUGGUGAGAAGAUUAGAACAACUUUUAACCAAUCAUUUGCGACUAGUCUGUUUUCCACCCCAUUUGCAACCCGUUCCUGUACGAGAUAAUAGGGAACAUGUUGUCAUUGAAAGGCUAAAUCGAUGUCGAUUACGAUUAAACCACAUGCUCGGUAGAAUGUCAAACAGUAAUAUGCACCCUAGCUACAGGAUAGAAGUAGCCAGUGCAACGCAAGAUAGCAUGCUUCGUUUUGGAGCUCGUGAGGCUAUGAGUCUUAUUCUGAAUACGUUCACGAGAUACUUUGAGAAUGCACCAAACGUGAAUUUCUCCCCAAGCUUUCGGUCGUACGUGCGUAUGGUGAUAGAUUUGUCUCUCUUGCUGUCAGAUAUUUUACUUUUGCAUAUAAUAGACUCCAUUCCACCACCAACUGGUAUGAAUUUGGAUCCGGAACGUGAAAGUUUAUCUGCACGGAUAGAUCAAGCUUGCUGUCGCAUGUUACAGAACCGUUCCAGUAAUCAACCACACACGUUGACAAGGACAUUACGCGUAAUAAGAUUGAAACGAACGUAUAAUUCGAGGAGAAAUGCGUUGAUGACUAGUGGUAGUCAUUCUGAAGGCAUUCGUGAACUGCUUGGAAGAAUGAACGAUACCCUUCAAAACAUGCAUACAAUACGUGGUAUGUCAUUCAUGCCGGCCGAAGUGCCACCACCUUCGAGGAGCGCUGAAGUUCCCGUGCGCGAAUGGCCCAGGUCAAGUACGAAUCCCAUUGAUCUUACGAAUAGUGACGAAGAUACUGAAACGUCUUUUAACAACUGGGGAACAAGUACCAAUUCACAUGACGCUAAUAAUACACCGAGUGAGAGCUACCGUUCUAAUGACGUAACGAGUACUGAAAAUAACAAUGAGAGUACGAACUCGCCUGCAAGUCAAAGCAGGACGUGGAAUGUUCCAACGGUACAUAUAAACGAUGUGCCAAUGUCCGAAUCAAGUUUCUCUAGUUGGUCCAGUAGGGUGCUACCAUUACGUUAUCGCUUGUCCGAGUUGCGAUCGACAAAUGCUCCGAACAUAUUCAGACCUAGAUUUUUUCUUUUACCACCUCUUUUGCCUCUCAAUGCCAACCCUCUUGAAUCUGACGUGGACGAUUCGCAACGAGACACGCUCAACGAUGGUGAUGUGGUGAUGGCAGUCACUCCAAACCAUCGAAUUCAAGCCUGGGAUAUUUCAUCAGGACUUAUACCGGAUAUAAAUGAUGCUUUUAAAAACGUUGUUGUUAGCGAAUGUAAAAUCCAUAAUGAUGCUAGCGUAGAUAUUUCGAAUGAUGGCAAUAUUUUAGUAACACUGUUACCUUCUGGUGGUUAUCUUAAUUAUUCAAAUCGAUUAGGCGUGUAUUCAUUGAGGUGGGAGUCUCUGGGUCAGUGUUUGUAUAUAACAAGUUUUGAGCAAAACGCUGUGUCGGUGUCUCUAUCUCCCCUUAGUCGUCAUUUAGUCGUUGGUUUAGCAUCCAGACGGAUGUCAAUAAUCCCAAGCGAAAGAUGGACUAUGGCAAAAAUAUUCCGCAUUGAAACAAAGAAGAUUUAUGGCAACAGUAUCACGGUCCUUCGGGAUAUCGAUCAGCAUCGGGAUAAUAACUUUAUGAGUCUCAACUGCAUACGGUGGCUCCCUAUAUCCGGACAAGGGCUUAUAUAUGCCACAAAUACGGGACAGUUAAGGAUUCUUUCUUAAAAUUUGCUGGUUAGUUUUUUUAUGCAAGCGUUAUGUUUCGUAUAUUAAUUUUGAUUAUUUAGUGGACAGCAUGAUUGGUGUCCUGAAGAUUUUUUUUACGGUUGUAAAUUGACUGAGGGGGAAAUUAUGAUGAUCGACUGAUUGGAAUUGGAGACAAUUUUGUACCUUUUUCUUUUUGUUUUUGGUAAUUGUCAAAUGCGUGGGUUAUUGUGAUUGAUUUAUUUUUUAUUUUGUAUUUGUAAGUCUAGUAAGUGAUGUUUAAAUAAA